UGUGGUGAAACAACCGUGUUUAGUUCCGCAGGUGUUGUAAAUCAGCUGACCUUUAGCAAAAUGAAACACACGGUGAAAGUUUUACAUUUCUAAGUAUUAGGUCUUUUUAAAACGGCAACUAAUGUGAGGAGCUAGUGGUGACAAUAUACUAAAGUCAAGAAAGGAACUGAACUACACCGGCAUCAACAAGAAGCUCAUGACAGCGGGUGCACGAGGAGGAAACUUCGCAGUUGAGCAGAACAGCCUGUCCUGAUGUGUUAAUAAUCAUGGACGCCGUUGUAAAAUUCACAAGCAAAAGCCAAGGGAGAGACCGUAUAUUCAGAGCUACACAGUAUGCCUGUGCACUGUCAAUAUAUUUACUACGAAACAAGCCUGAUAGAAAGGACCUGGUGGCCAGACUUAAAAGUUUGGAAAAUAAUCUAAGUGCUGGACGAAAAUUGCUCAGGCUAGGAAAUGCAGCCAAUUCCAUUGUGGCUGCUAAACAAACCAUGCAACUCUCUGACCGAGUACUGGGCCUGUGCCUCACAGUGGCCAACAUCAACCGGGCCCUCUACUUUAUCUGUGAUAAUGUAGUGUGGGCCAGAAAUGUGGGCCUCAUCCGCAGCAUCGACAAGGAACGCUGGAGCAUAAAUGCCUCUCGCUACUACCUCUUUUCAUUAGUGAUGAAUCUGACCCGAGAUCUAUAUGUAAUUCUCCAGUUGAUGCAACAGAAAGGGAGAGAUGACCGCCUCAAAAGCAAAAUGAACCAGCAUCUCAGUGACUGUCCUGAAGUAGCGGAAGCCGUUAUUCCUGAGCUGGAUGCCCUUAUUUUCCUGCUUCUGGAGACUCUGAGAUCAGAACCGACUGUUGCCUUGGACACUGUGAAGAACAUCUGCGAUCUCUUCAUUCCUUUAGAUAGGCUGGGCAUUUACAAGUCAAGUGCAGGAGUUGUUGGAUUUUGUGGGCUGAUAUCUUCACUGAUUGGCAUUAUAACCCUCGCACGACCCACUUUGAGGAUCAAACCCUGAUAAGGAGGGUGGAGUUUGACCAAAGGUUAAAACAGACUAGCAAUAACAAUCAAGAUUAUAUAUUCCAAUGAUAAUUGUGUUGAGUGGUUUUGCAGCAGAAUCUGAAUUUACUUUAAGGCUUCCUGGCAAUAAUAUAAUUAGAGAUGCAUCAAUCAAGCAUUUCACGUCUGAUAGCAAUUUUUACUUUUUUUCUGAAGUCUAACCUUCCAAUUGAGAUUUUUUGUUCAUCAAAGAAGGUAAAUUAAGGAACUGCAGGAUAAUUAUUUAACAUAUCAAAUCAUUUCCCUAACCUGUGUGUGAUUUUAAUAUUCUAGUAGGAAGUACAAAGUGCCUUCUACUGGUUGAUUUCUUACAGGUUAAAAUUUUGUGAAUGCUUAUUUGUGAUGCAUUUAAUGACCAGUAAAAAAGUUCAGGUUUGACCGAUAGUCAAGGGACAAUUUUGUUUUUCUGACUGACUAACUGGUGCAUCUCUAAAUAUAACUAACAGCAACCUGCUGCAGGAAGUACUUUCUGAACAACCUAAGAUCAAAGACUUGAUUUUGUUGCAUUCCUGUUUUCUACACUACCAGCAGUUUCACAACUGAUAGACUCCCAAGUAAUAUGAAACAAAAAUUGUUUAUAUUGCAGGGUUGUUCGUCUGCUUUCAAAGAUGUUUAAUAUUUUUAUUUAUGGAAUUGUUUGAUGAUUACAUCUGACCUUUUUACUAUUUCAUACUUUUGAAAUAUAUUGGGUUUUGUACAUCACCUAACUAUGCAAGAUGUUUUGUCCAGACCAGGUAACAAUUUGUACCCGCAUUGGUGACUUGUGAUUAACAAUUGGUAGGUAGUGAGAAAAAGGGAUUCUGUGACUCAAAAAGUAAGAUUAACAGAAUGUUACUCAGUUAUUUGAUUUGAUCAGAGGUCAAAGGCUUUUUUUCCUCAACGAUCAACCACCAGAGAUCAGUAAUAGAGUUGCAGAAAAUUUAGAAUUAUGUAAACUUUUUAAAAGAUGUUUUAAAAUUCAAGGAAAAGGGAUGACGAUAUAAUUCAUCUCCAUAUUUGAUCAAGAAUGUUUACCUUCUUAGAGGUAAACACUUGGAUAAUAGUGUAUUAUUGUCCAAGUGUUUGUUUGCCGGUGUGAAGGGGAAGAAGGUUGAGAUGAAAUAAGUGGCUACAUAAUGGGAGUACAAAUUGAGGGUUAGUUAUUGCUCAGGCCACUGCUGUGCUUAUUGUUUUGUGAUAAAAUGCUGCUAAUUUGAUAUGACUGAAGAGUUAGUGGCUUCUCUGUCAAAUGAGGGGAAGCAUUUAGAUUUUAAUGUGCUACUGAAAUAAUCUGCUGGACUUACCUCAAAGAAAAGUGAUACAGGAUUAAGAGGAAAAACUUUGCAUGGCCAUUUUAUUUGUUCAAGAAGAGUUUGAGCUGCAAAUACUUGGAAAUCUGUUGUUUGCAACUAAAUGUAUUGGAAUUUGCUCCAUGCAACAUGUUUGUCUUUCAGAAGUAGUUACACUGCCCUCUUUAAGACAAAUGACAACUUGUACAAUUGAAGAGCUUUUUAUUUUCAGUUUCACUCAGACAACAAUGCAUUUUUUUGUAAAAGAUUAUUCUCAAGAGAUGUUAUAUUCAUCCAGAUAUUGCAAAAAUACAGUAUAUUCCAUUGUCUCUUUCACAAUGGUUUAGUUUGGCUGUGCAAAGAACCAAUAAGCAAUGCACAAAAUAGUCCCUCAAAAAUGUACAGUCAUUAAAAGCAAUAAAUAAAUUUGCUCCAAGCAAAUAAAAUGCAAUAAUAUAUAGUUGACAAAAGGUUUUAUUUCACAUUUCCACUGGUGUGUUAUUGUUUCCUGUACCAGUAAUCUAUUAAAUCACACCUCAAUGGAAAAAUGUGGAAACAGUUUGCCAAGUUGGAAGAUGAAAUUAAACUGAAACUUAGACAGUUGCUUCAAAGCACUUUUAAACAGACUUGGCUUUGAGUUGAUAUCCUAAUAGGUCUUCAAUCCUAUAAGACCAAGUCUCUAUUACUGGGAAACUUUGAUCUAAUUUAUUAAAUAUGCCUGUAUGUGCAUUUAAAGAGGCAUCUUUUGAGAUUAUG